GCCCUCCUUUGAGUCUUUUCCCUCCCACCCUCGAAUCCAAUUUUUCUUCCCCCGAUCUCUUUGUGCUCGCUGUUUGCUUCGUCACCGCGACGGCCUGACCUAAAUGGCGCCCCGUCGUACUGCCACCACUUCGUCCACCACUACCACCUCCACUACCACUACUACUACACACUCUACCACCAACUCCUCCCGCUCGUCUCCGAAAAGUCUUCUGGCGUCAUUAGGCAUGGAUGAUGACUCGGAUUGCUCGAGUUUAAGCUCAGCGCCGGCAUCACCUCUGGCACCGCCUGGUUUCUAUCCGUCGCCGCCCCCGUCGCAGGACGCGGAUGAGCCUAGCGCCGCCCGCAGCCAAGACGAGUUGCCGCCCGCCAGGAAGAAGCGUCGGGUCGCCGCCCCCAAAGAACGCCGAACUCAGCAUCUCGACCUGUCGGCCACCGCCGGCUUGUCCUACACUGAACAGCAGUCGCAAAUUGACUAUCUCGUCAAAACGAUUCAGCGUCACCGCAAAAUUGUCGUCAUCGCCGGUGCGGGUAUCUCCACCUCCGCAGGAAUUCCUGAUUUCCGCUCGACCGACGGUCUCUUUAAGACUUUGCAGAAGAAACACAACCUCAAAGCAUCGGGCAAGCUCUUGUUUGAUGCAGCCGUCUACCAGGAUGAGGCGUUGACCGCCUCCUUCCAGGACAUGGUACGGUCGCUGUCCGAGGAAGCAGCCAAGACCUCUCCCACAGCUUUCCACCACAUGCUGGCGCGACUGGGCCAGGAGAACCGUCUCACUCGUCUCUACACACAAAACAUCGAUGGCAUUGAGACCUCAAUGCCUCCGUUGGCCACGCAGAUCCCGUUGAACGUCAAAGCGCCCUGGCCACGCACCAUCCAAUUGCAUGGCAGUCUUGACAAGAUGGUUUGCCAGAAAUGUCGACAUCUGAGUGACUUCGAUGCGGGCUUAUUUGACCGUCCUGAUGCCCCCGAAUGCCCGGAG